UGUAUUGUUCCACCUGGUUUUGAGGUUACUGUAUCUUUGUGUUUCUCAGUGCUCUGCCAAAAACCUGAAGAACAUCUCAGAGCUGUUCUACUAUGCCCAGAAGGCAGUGCUCCACCCUACAGGACCCCUGUACUGCCCAGAGGAGAAGGAGAUGAAGCCGUCUUGCAUCAAGUCUCUAACUCGCAUCUUCAAAGUGUCGGACCUGGACAACGAUGGCAUCCUCAACGACAAAGAACUCAACUUCUUCCAGAGGACGUGUUUCAACAUGCCCCUGGCGCCCCAGGCCUUAGAGGAUGUCAAGAACGUGGUGAGGAAGAACAUGACGGACGGAGUUGAGGACAACGGACUCACGCUCAAAGGGUUCUUGUUUCUGCACACGCUUUUCAUCCAGAGGGGGCGUCACGAGACAACCUGGACGGUGCUGCGGAGGUUUGGGUACGACGACGACUUGGAGCUUCACCAGGAAUACCUGUUCCCCCUGCUAAAAAUACCUGCUGACUGCACCACCGAGCUCAACCACAACGCGUACCUCUUCCUCCAGAGUGUCUUCGACAAGCACGACAAAGACAGAGACUGUGCCUUGUCUCCAGAGGAAGUCAAGGACCUGUUCAAAGUGUUUCCCUACAUGCCCUGGGGCCCCGACGUCAACAACACAGUGUGUACCAACGACCAGGGCUGGAUCACGUACCAGGGUUACCUGUCACAGUGGACGUUAACGACGUAUCUGGAUGUGCAGCGCUGCUUGGAGUACCUGGGCUACCUUGGCUACUCAAUCAUCUGUGAGCAGGAGUCCCAGGCAGCAGCCAUCACAGUGACCCGUAACAAACGCAUCGACCUGCAGAAGAAGCAGACGCAGCGCAGCGUGUUCCGCUGUAACAUUCUGGGAGCCAGGGGGAGUGGCAAGACCAGCUUCCUGCAGGCCUUUCUGGGUCGCAACCUGCUGAAACAGCGGAAGAUCAGAGAAGACCAUAAAUCGUUUUACUCCAUCAACACCACGUAUGUCUACGGCCAGGAGAAGUACUUACUGCUUCAUGAGGUGAUGCCAGACUUUGACUUCCUCUCAGAAGAGGACCUGGCGUGUGACGUGGUCUGUCUGGUGUAUGACGUCAACAACCCGCGCUCCUUUGAGUACUGUGCCAAGGUCUACAAGCAAUACUUCAUGGACAGCAAGACGCCGUGCAUGAUGAUCGCCUCCAAGUCAGACCUGCACGAGGCGCGCCAGCACUACAGCCUGACCCCGCUGGACUUCUGCCGCAAGAACAAGCUGCACCCGCCCCAACCCUGGACCUGCAACACGGUGGACACCCCCAACAAGGACCUCUACACCAAACUCACCACCAUGGCCAUGUACCCCCACGCCAAGCUCCGCUGCAUGUGUACCUGCAACAGGUGUACCUUCUGCAUCUGUCAGAACAUCCUCCGGUCCCAGCUACUGACAAAUAUAAAGGCCAAAUUCUACAGUGUUGUUCUGAACAGGUUACAUGAUGUUGGAGCCUAUCUGUUGGCUGACGAGGAGUGCAGUCUGAUCCAGCAGGUUCACGCCAUCAGUAAUGUAGAGGAGUCUAUCUACAUGGAGUCUUCUGUCCAGCCCUAUGGGCCCCAGGCCAGGCACAUGGCUCAGGCAGACCUGAAGAGCUCUACGUUUUGGCUAAGGGCAAGCGUGGGGGCAACCGUGUUUGCAGUCCUGGGCUUCGCUAUGUACAGAGCUAUCCUCAAACAACGAUGAUCAAGACGGACACAGGAUACAUGAG